GGCAAGUCGAGGGAUUCAGUGGCUGCGGCGAUGGGAGCGGUGGGCGUAGGGCUGGUGGACUGUCACUGCCACCUCUCCGCCCCGGACUUUGACUGCGAUCUGGAUGAUGUGUUGGAGAAAGCCAAGAAAGCCAAUGUUACGGCUCUUGUGGUGGUUGCUGAACAUUCAGGAGAAUUUGAAAAGAUUAUGCAGCUUUCAGAAAGGUAUAAUGGAUUUGUCCUGCCAUGCUUGGGUGUUCACCCAGUUCAGGGAGUUUCACCAAAAGACCAAAGAAGUGUCACGUUAAAGGAUUUGGAUGUAGCUUUGCCCGUUAUCGAGAAUUAUAAGGAUCGAUUGUUGGCAAUUGGAGAGGUUGGACUAGAUUUCUCCCCCAGAAUUGCUGGCACUGAUGAACAGAAGGAAGAGCAAAGACAAGUCCUAAUCAGACAGGUCCAAUUAGCCAAAAGACUAAAUUUGCCUUUAAAUGUUCACUCACGUUCAGCUGGAAGACCCACCAUCAGCCUCUUAAAUGAGCAAGGUGCUGACAAAGUGUUGCUGCAUGCAUUUGAUGGUCGGCCAUCUGUAGCCAUGGAAGGAGUAAAAGCUGGGUACUUCUUCUCAAUUCCUCCUUCUAUCAUAAGAAGUGGACAGCAGAAACUUGUUAAACAGUUGCCUUUAACUUCGAUUUGCUUGGAAACAGAUUCACCUGCACUAGGGCCAGAAAAAAAGGUACGGAAUGAGCCCCAAAACAUUUCCAUUUCAGCAGAAUAUAUUGCCCAGGUGAAAGGGAUGUCAGUGGAGGAAGUUAUAGAAGUGACAACACAGAACGCAUUGAAACUGUUUCCCAAACUUCAGUACCUGCUCCCGAAAUAGCUUCAAAACAAAAUCAAGUGCAGAGGGCACUGUUUGAGAAAAAUAAAUGUUCUGAUGAAGAGUCUGAACUGAAGAAGCCAUUGUAUCGGGAUUAUAAUUUUAGAGAAAUAUUUUUCUUAGAAGUAAAACUGGGCUUAGAUCCUAAAACCCUGGGUUCUAAUUCUACCUUGCAGUGCUUUUCAAUUAAUGGAGUCCUAGCAGGAGAUUGGGAAAUACCACUGCUUCUUACUUUGCCCUGUUAAGUAGAACCACCAAAUGAACUGAAACCAUUUGUUCUGGCAAGGGUGGCUCCCACAGGUAAGAAAUAAGUGCUACUGUGAUGGCAUGCAAUAGGCUAAAGUUUGAUCCUUUACCACCUGUUUGACUUCCCACAGGAUUUAUCCAGUGAAAGGAGAGUGUCUAGUUUUUUAUACUAUCAGAAAUCUUAUCUUUUCUGGGUUUAUAAAAUUGAACUUUUAGUACUUUGAAUUAUCUCUCAUUUUAAGAGAAAAAUGUGCAAGGUUUUUAUAUUGAUCUUAGACUUUGACUUAUAAAGCCCAUGGUUCGUGCAAUCACCGUUAAAUACCAAGCACCACAGUUUAAUUAAUAA